AUGCCCCCUCGAUUCAGAUAUCCCGAUCUAGAUGGCCUGCUCCCAGAGCAGAAACACAUUGAACAACAGAAGAGAUGGUGCGCGCGACAAAUGCAGGAUCCCGAGAAGGCAGAAAGGAUCAGAGCAAGGGGUCGCGAAAACAAGCGAGAACAACAUUUGCGCACAAAACUGCGCCAACAGUCUCUUGAAAUCGGUGCGCCUCCCCCCCGCUUUCACAGACAAAUGCCGUCGCCCGCUUCUUCAGAUGUUUCUCCAUCACAUUCUAUGGAUGACAGGGUCACGCCAACACGCUACAUGUUAGACACUGCUGUGAUGGCAGAUUCAAUCUCAUCCCCUACAAAUUACAAGCCCACUCUCAAAUUAGAUCUGGCAUCCGAUAUACUCAGUAUUCAAGUCCCACUCCAAUCGCAAACAGUCACAUGGUCUGACGGAUGCAGGACUGUCCUCCCAUGUGUCAUGGUCAAAGGUAUCAAUGUUUGCGAGGACAACGACAUCGCCGUGGUGCACUUCCUCUCUCUAUUUCCCAAAUCAAAAUUUGACUCCGCCAAUGUCAAUCACAUCGAAAGAGGUAACUUGACGAGAGGUCAGGUACAAGAUGCCGUCAGUGAAGCUCUUUGUCGAAACAAACCCGUCGUUAUCCGCGGCUUCAGUAGCCAUGACCCCCCUACACUGGACACGGAUUAUCUAGAGACAAAUUUUGGGAUAUCGUGCCGCAUGCGCGUCAUUGUACACAAUGUUGCAAACAGAGUAAACGACUUCUCUCGCCCACACAUGGAAGCUACUAUACAACAAUUCAUCAACGGUAUCAAUGACCCAUCUAAGAUCCAGUGCAUCUCAGAUAUGCCUUUGUCUCAAAUGGGUCUCCCACAAGAAUUUCAGCUGCUGGACCACGGGCUCGUAUAUGGCUGGAACCAGACAACAGUCGAUUGUCCUGUUUGCAGCGGCAAAGUCCAUCCAGACAAUUUCACCGUCAAAUCCUGGGCCUUACUUCAUCAAGCUGGAUUCAUCACCUAUCCUCAUCAUGAUGCGGACGGCGCAGUCACCUUCGUCCAGGUUCAAACUGGCAUAAAGUUCUGGAUCGUCUUCACCACCAAAGAGAAGCUCAGUCGAACGGCGCUUCUAAAGGCCCAGAUGCUGUUCGCUGACUGGCAAAAACACCACAGGGAAAUCGAGUCAACUUGGCAUGGUGAGGUGAUCACAUUGUUACCGGGUGACCUGGUUUUCCAACCUGCCGGUCAAGUCCAUGCCGUAUACACGCCAGUGUCCUCGUUCACCACGGGCGGCAAUUUUUACGGUUACGAGUACUUACAUCUGACCAAGAUCUCUCGUUGCAUAGAUGCCCACAAGGCAGAGUUUCUUACAAAUCAAUUUCACGAAAACGCCCUCGAAACAUUCCAAAGGAUGACCGUAGCGUUACCACGACUCCCAUGA